CAUAACUCCGCUGCAGCCUGAGGGGAGCCAGGCACACUCUCAGGCCCCGAAUAUCAGAACAAUUAUUGUGGGGGGGUGGAAGACAAAAACAAAUCGAGAAAAUAAGAACGAAACGACGGAUCGAAGGGGGGAGAAGAAGAGCGGUGGAGCUGCGGCGCGGGGCUCUCCCACGGUGGGUGUCUGGUCCGGUCCGAGAUGGAAGGUUACCGGGGCUCCAUGUGAAAUUGACUAAUGCGGUGCUGGAAACUUUCUAGAUUUCGACGUACCUCGAUGUCCCCGCUGGAUCGUUGGCGCAUUCUGUGAUACACGACUUCCCACGUAGAGCCUGCCAGGCAGGGGAGCCACGGGCAAACUUUCAUGGCAGCGGCACUCUAGGGCUGCCAUGGCAGCUGCUGCCACCGAUGCCUCACACCGUAUUACCGCACUGACGCCGGAGGAAGAGGGACGACGGACCGCCGCCAAGCUGAUCGGGAGCGCCACCCCGCUGCCACGGAUAGAGCAAGAGAGAGAGCGAGAGAGGGGGAAAGAGAGAGACUGGGAGAGGGGGGACGAAGGAGAAAGGGUAGGAAAAGUGAGAGGGAGCGAGUGUUUGGUGUGCGGGGCCCUGUUCGCCUCACAGGAGAAGCUCCGGCUGCACGCCUUGGGUCACGCAGGAGAGAAACCCUUCCACUGCUCACAGCCACACUGUCCCAAGGCCUUCAGCUCCAAAUACAAACUCUUAAGGCAUAUGGCCACACACUCUCCACAGAAGACCCAUCAGUGUUCGUUCUGUGAGAAAAUGUUCCACCGCAAAGACCACCUGAAGAACCACCUGCAGACCCAUGACCCCAACAAGGAGGCCUUCAAGUGUGAGGAGUGCGGGAAGCACUACAACACCAAGCUGGGAUAUAAGCGCCAUGUGGCCAUGCACUCUGCCACGUCAGGGGAUCUCACCUGCAAAGUGUGCAUGCAGAGCUAUGAGAGCACACCCGUGCUCUUGGAGCACCUCAAGACCCACUCGGGGAAGUCUUCGGGCGGCACCAAGGAGAAAAAGCACCCGUGCGACCACUGUGACCGUCGUUUCUACACACGCAAGGAUGUGAGACGGCACAUGGUGGUCCACACGGGUCGAAAGGACUUCCUCUGCCAGUACUGUGCCCAGCGCUUCGGCAGGAAGGACCAUCUGACACGUCACGUGAAGAAGAGUCACUCACAGGAGCUGCUGAGGAUCAAGACGGAGCCUCCGGAUAUGUUGGGUCUUUUAGCGCCCGGGUCACCACCUUGCUCUGUGAAGGAGGAGCUCAGCCCCAUGAUGUGCGGCAUGGGUCCCAACAAAGACCCCAUGAUGGGCAAACCGUUCCCCAGCGGGGCCCCUUUUCCGAUGGGCAUGUACAACCCCCACCAUCUCCAGGCCAUGUCUAAUUCUGGGGUGGGUCACCCGCACCCGUCCCUGAUGCCCAGUCCCUUGUCUGCAGCUAUGGGCAUGGGCUGCCACAUGGAAUCUCCUGGACCUCUUCACCCACGCUCCCUUCACCACCACCAUCACCACCACCAUCACCACCACCACCAUUCCCCUCCGCUGCCCACACACCACCAGCCUCCGGCUCCCCAGCAGCAGCACCAGCCCCAGCCAGCCCCCAAAUACCAGCUGGGAUCUACCUCAUACCUGCUGGACAAGCCCUUAAAAGUAGAGAUGGAGAGCUUCCUCAUGGAUCUGCAGAGUGGCUCGCCAGGCCCGGUUCCCUCUGCAGAUCCACAUGCUGCUGCCUCACCCACCAAGGACGGACUGGAGCCCACCUCGGGCCUGGUGGAUGAGCUUUGCGGGGAUCACCUCCUGUCCAAGAGCCCUGUGGUGCUUGCGGAGUCACUGUGUGCUGCUAACAUGGACUUCUCCCACCUACUGGGCUUCCUGCCCCUCAACCUGCCCCCCUACAGUGCGCCCAUGAGCACGGGAGGGCUGAUGAUGGGCUACACCUCAUCUGCGACCCCCUCCUCCUCCUCCUCCUCUUCCUCAUCUCUGCACGAGCCCCACGCUGCGUCAGUCGCCGCGGCACCUUUUACCUCUUUGCAACCGCAACCUCAGGAGCAGCAGUGCUCCAGCGGGGGUCUGGGCCUUGGACCCCUGCACCCCCACCCACCAGUUUUCAGCUCCAGCCUUAGCACCACCACGCUGCCUCGCUUCCACCAGGCCUUUCAGUGAGAGAGCCAGUCCUCGGCCCAGCCAGGACGGCCUCCACACCAGCCUCAGCUCAGCUCAGUGUGGAUAUUUCGGGCUGGGGUUCUUUACGGGGCCUGUUGAGGAAGUUGAGGAAUUAGAAUAAAUAAAUGAACACGUAGGAGCCUUAAAUGAAAGUGCACAAACGCUUUUGAUCUAGCCUUAAAAGGAAGUGAAACCUCUUAGAGCAAAAAUGGAAAAGGUGAAAAAAGAAGUUGAAGCAGCUUUUAUUCGGGCGCCCCCCCUAUCCUAUAGUUAUUAUGAUGUAUUAACCCAUCCUUUUUUAUUUCCAUUUACUCCCCCCUUUUACAUUAUAUUUAGUAGUAUAGAGGGCAGGAUCAGUAGGCCAAAAGGCGUGGUACUGCAUACUUUAAGUAAUACUAUUUUUGUUGUGACCCAGAAAAAAAAUAUAGUUUGAAGUGGAUAUUUUGUUUUACUUUAUUUUUAUUUUCCAAAUGUAAAGAAAUGGUAGAACAUGUCUCAUCUUUGAGUUUUGAACCACCCACUCUAAUAACCUGAACGUCAUGGUCAGUACAGAGGGUCUCUCCUCUUUUUCUGUCAGUGAAGGAAUGAAGAGAUAUAGACGAUUGAACAGUAGCUCUUUAAAAUCCUCCUCUUGAAUGGGAGACAAGAGCCGCAAAAGCCCCCUCUGCCUCUGAUUAAAAAAGUGCUCUUUAAACAAGGAAAUCAUUAGACGGAUGUCCCCAUUAUUUUUCUUUGAACUGUAGCUGAUGUGCUCUUAGAGUCAGGUCAGCUAGAAUGAAAAUAGCUCACUUGCCCAUUUGCUGCCAAACAAACAGAGACCAGUCACACACAUGGCCACCCACUUUUCAGGAAAAGGAAAAAGAAAAGUGAGUGAAAUAUCACGCUGGCUUUUUGUUUUUUUUACUGUUCCUAAAGAGAAGCACUUUUUUUUUUUUAGCAGAAGGCACUUGACCUUCAGAAUUCUCCUUUGGAAACCUUUUGUCUCUUCCUCGUGACUUCUAGAGGUUCAAAGAGACUCUCUCCUCUCCUUCACCUGUCCCCCUCUAACAGUUAUCUCUUACAGUUCCAAUGAGAAUUGCAGCCAUUACUUGGCUGCCCAACAUACCGAAAAUAUAUAUAUAUAUAUAUAUAUAUAUUUCUGGAGCAAACACAUCUUUAGGCAGUCUUUUUAAAAGAAGAUGCAUCAUCAUGGUAAGGAUGAACCCUGACAUAUGUGAAUGGCAAAAAAUACAAAACAAAAGAUUUCAGUGACAGAUGAGUAAAAAUGUGUUUAAGAAUGUUAUUGCAGUGUACGAAAUAUCUCAAAAAUGAAUAUUAUUAUUGCUUUUUAUCUCAGUAAGGUGUAUUUUAGGUAGACGUAUUAAAACUUAAGUGAUGAUGUUUUUUGAUGUCUGGCAGGUUUACAUUUGUGUGUAUCUUGCAUUUUUGAUCAAACAAACGGAUGAAGUAUUAGCUUUUUUCCCCCUCAAGCUUUUUUUCUGUCCUAUCCGAUCUUUACCUUUACAUGUGCUUGAGUUAGUAUAGCGGAACCAGAACUGUGGAUGGGAAGUGUCUAUAGAAGGCUGUUAGCGCCUUAAUAAUCUAUUAGGAUUUGAACUCGAUAGAUUGUUCAGAUGCUGACGUGGACGGCCUGCCACUCUACGGCUCUAAGUCGUCGUCCAGCGGGUUGUGUAACCCCUGUGCUGUGAGGAAAAGUCACAGCAAUCAGAGUUUUACAUCCUUUCUAACCAUUCACCACCAGCCUAUUAAACACCUGAGCCCAAAGUUAACACAAGCGUCAAAGUGAAACAGGUGCUCUCGAGCUAACGUGCAGUCCGUGGCACAACCAACGCAACCGGCCUGUCCGUGACCUCACACAGAGAUGGCCCCCCCGCUAUCAUCUGUGAUGGCUCAUUUUCUUGUCCGGAGACAUCGUCGUGCCACAGGCGAGCCCCCCCCCCCCUCCAAUCACCAAUAAGUGUUGAGUGAAAACGAAGAGAAAAACGGAGCACAUAAAAACAAAAAAUAUAAUACAUGUUGCUGCUUUUAGCUAUGGUUGCUGAUGGACGACAACUGUAGACCACUAGAACAUUUCAAGUUUUUUUUUUUUUGUUUGUACUUGCAAGAUGGGCAGCGAGCUGAAAACAUGCACAAACCGAACCGACAAAGUGUUCAUCACCCCCGGGCCCCAUCCCCUCCUCCUCUCUCAGCUGCUUUGUCGAGUCAAAGGUAAAGGGUCUGAAAAACACGGCGAUACCCGGGAGAACGCAGUCACCGAAUUCCCAGGCUUUGACAUUCAAAGCACAAGGGGGAGGGACACAUGACUGACUGCACAACCUGGAGGUAUCGUCAUAUAUUUGUUUUGUCUGUUGUCAUAUGAUAUAUUAUUUUCUGUUUGUUUAAAACAGGACCUCGAAAAACAACACAACACAUCACCUCAUUUUUGUUUGUUUUUAUUUUUUUCUUACCAAAACCUGGGGAGAAGAAACUACAUUUUUGCACAAUUGCUUGUUACAAAAUGCUACAAGUGUUACCUGAUUUAGCCGGAACCCCUUUGGCUGAGCAGCUGAUGGCUCUGAUGUCUGAAUAUUCCCCUUUGGCUGAGAAUUCAGAAUCAGCCAGCACUGACGCAGGAGAAGCUUCCCCACAGUCUGACUGUUAAAUCACAACUCCACCGCUAAAAUCCUAGAUUUUAUAAUCCGAGUUCUGAACUAAAUUGAAACUUAUAUUAUUAGUCUCCCCCCCCCCCCCUGGAAAGUCAUUAUUUUGAUAAUGGCUCUUGUAAAAUGAUGAAAUUUUUUUUUUAUUGAUCCUAAACGAAUUAACUGUUGGCACCUUUCUGAGAAUUUACAUGAUAAAUUCAAUUUAUAAAAUGUCUUCAAAUUUGUUCUUUGUUAUAAGCUAAAAAAAAAAGAGUUUUUAAAAACAAACCCUCUUGGCUAAAGCCAAAUUUGCAGCAAUCAAAUUGAGCAUUUAAAUGAAAAGCUUUUGUCAUGUAUUACGUUUGUCCUCCCUGGGUUUCUGUGAGCUCAUCUGAAUUCUAGCACUUUCAACCUUUAAAAAAAAAAAAAGAAAAAAAAAAAAAAAAAAAAGAGUAUUUUUUCUUUUAAAAUUUUAGCUUAUAUGUUCAUAUGUUUAAAAUUUGUAUUGAUCCUGUAUAUGUAUGUGCCAUUAGUUUGAUGUUUAGACUUCAUCAACCUUUGUGUAUUUCUCUUCUCCAAAAGAAUAACAGUAUUUUUGAUAGACUUUUCACUAACAUCCUUCUAAAUAGGAGCCCCCAUGCCCCUCCUCCUUUGAAACCUUAUUUUGUUUUUGGGUAACCAGCUUUGCCCUCUCUCUCAUAAAUCUAUCUAAUCAAACUCUAUAGCCGAGCUCUUGAAGGGAACAGCAGCAACAUAUCUGUUAUUGUGAGGCGGUGGGACACGAGGCCGUUGUCAGCAGAGUGUCAAAGCCACAGCCUGACCACAGCCUGCCAUUGAAACGCUGUUGCAACAGAGAGCCAUCUGCGUGCCAUAUUUAGAGCAUGUAACUGAAAAAAAAGUAACCCCAAAAUGUAGCACUUAAAGCUCACAGCCCCUGAACUACUUGUCCCGUUACAACAACUUCAUGCUGAUAAUGACGCAUGUGUAGUUUUACUAGAAUAAAAGUUUGUUUUCCAAAGCGAAGUUGGUAAAUGACUCUCACAUGUGGCUUCAAAAUAAAUACAAGGAAAAAGUAUUUGAAAAGUAGAAUAACUUAGAUAUUUUCGGACAGAAGUGAAAAACAUGGAGGCCGUACUUGUAGCUGUGAAACAGUGCCAACAACAGAUCUGUGGCUUGGUGUGCUACCUGAGCUCAUACCGGUGUUUCCGGAGUGAUUCCAGAACUGGGUCAUUUCUUCGUAGUGGGAUAGUCACUGGAUUCAUACUCCGAUCAGUACGGAAGGCCACUUCCGCUAAGAAAAGAAAGAAAGAACCAAUCUACCUAUGGUUACUGAAACAUUUGACUUACAAAGUUAAAAUGAUGCGGUACGAAAUCAAACUGACUGAGUCAACAUUAUUGCUUAUAUGUCAAAAUAUAAGAUUCUAAGGCUACAUCCACACUGCUACAUUUUGGUUUCAAAACGCAUCACUUCUGCUGUUUACCCCUGGCGUCCACACUGCUCCGGCGUCUUAGAACCCGUAAAACGGAGACGUCUGAAAACGCUGCCGACGCCGUUUCAGUUUGAAAACUCCGACGUUGCAUUUUAGUCUGGACAGGUAGAAACGGAGACCUUUUAAAAACCGAGACACCCACGUUUAUCACUUGAUUGGUUCUCAUCAGUCACAACGUCGCUUCACUUGAUUGGUCAGGUCCCUAUCACGUGAUUCAUAAGAAAAACAUCAGCCUCGACUACCGGUGGUUCAUUUCAACAUUGAUAACCAAAUACUGGCGUUGCUGACCUUGUUGUCUAUGCUAGCAGCUGUCGUGCAGUUAAAUUCCGCAUUCUUUAAUGCUACAACUGCCCACAUGAGCGGGAGACAAGCUGUUAUUCGAGUGCUCAGCGACCGGCACGCCCAUGCCCAUUGUAUGUGAAUGGUCCUGUGAUAUGCAUAUUUAGUCGUGGUAGGAUGGACAGAUGUUAUUUCUGAAACUGCGCUAACAACGCUCGUCUGGACUGAAAUCGUUUUUGUCUAAAAACUCUUUUAAAAAGAAAACGUAGGAGGGUGGAUGUAGCCUAAGUCAAUACUACGAAGUCAAAUUAUGAAUCACUAAUGACUCUGACAACUGACGAAAUCAAAAUUUAGCCUUUAAAUUUUGAAUCAGUGUCAUAAUUCUUUACAUUUAAUACGUGUUGACUUCUACUUAACCACUACUGCUAUUGACAUGAGAACUAAGACUAAAUGAUCACGUGACUCGAUAAGUCAAAAUUGAAUUGACUUACUGUAUCAUCAUUCUGACUUACUACUCGGCUUCAGUAGUGUUAACUGACCAAAAAAGGUGAUUCCAAACCAGCAGGGCUGUGACACACUCGACAUAAGAUGGAAUGUCCCCCGACCUCCGACCUCUGACGGUGAUGUUACUCUGUUCCUUGGCUCGGCUGUAGCUCCAUUACCUCGACCUGCACCUACUAGGGAUGCACUUAUCCUCACCUUUUCCUCUUUACUACUAGGUGCAGAACACAAACAUUUUAAGGGAAUUUGUUCAUCAGUUUAACUGAUUUGAUUUUAAUAAUGCUCUCUCUUCCUCACCCCCGUCUCUUUUUUUUUGCUUUUAGUAAAGAAACUGGGUACUGCCUGAUGCAGGCGACAUCCACAUGUAGUUUUAUAUAUUUCUAGCUUAAUGUAAGUCUUGCAUUCCAACCUCUUUGUGUAUCUCGUUUAGUGACAUAGCCCAUUUUAUUUGUAUCACUUGCUAUUACAGCCACCUCUGGAAUAAAAAGGGUGAAAAACAAGGUGAACGAAAAUAGAAUAUUUGCAUUCACUUACACUAUUUUAUAUAGCAUGGAGUUUAUCAACUACAGGGAGAAUUAUAUAAAUGAUGUACUUCGGAGAAAGAAAGAAAAUGAGAAGUCUUGCUUUUUUGUUACAUAUCUCACAUGCAAUCAGUUGCUGCAAUGUAGAAGUGACAGAUUUGUAUAUUGGUUGAUCCAAAGAGAUGAUGAACACAACAACAGAACUAUUGACUUAUUGUACAGUACAGUGUAUCUUUGAGUUGUCAUGUGUUAUGUUGAAAUGAUUAAAAGACAAACCAGCGGUUUCAUACCCUCUUUGCA